AUGGAACCGAGAAUUACAGGAGGUGAAAUAGUAAUUGCAGAAAACUCCAGACUAACAAUAAAAGUUUAUGAAUUGGAACAAAGAAUACACACUUUAAAUUUCGAUAAAAAUAAAUUGAUUCAUAGAGUUGAAGAACUUGUGAAUGAAAAGGAUCGACUUGAAACAGAUAAUAAUCAGAUUCAUGCAGCAAAUGAGAAUCUAACGCAAUUGAAUGACAUGUUAAAAAUUGUUUUGAGAGACGCUGAAGUUGAGCAUGACCAUUUUCGUGCAGCAAAUAUCAAGGAAUUUGAUGAUUUUAUUUUGAAUUAUAUUUUUGGGUUGUUCGAUAAUAUUGGAAUAUUGUUUCGAUUUGAUAAUCAAUACAUGAGAAAUAUUAUUAAUUUGUUGAGAUUUUAUAAUUUCUUCAAUAUACCUAUUGUAUUUCAUUAUACGAAAAUAAUUUAUAGAAAGUUUUUGUAG